CCAGAACCCCACCAACGCACUCCCAAAACACCCGCCCCAAACCCCCCUCCCGAAGACCCAAACCCCACCCUCUUCUUCUACUACCCAGACGAGAAACCCUACGGCAUCUUCUGCCAAUGGCACCCCUCCCCCUUCACCGUCCCCACCACCUCGCUGCAGUUCAUGAUGUGCGCUAAGGCGCUCUACUUCGCCGACUACGCUGCCGCGGCGCGCAUCCUGGCAUCCAAGGCGCCCAAGGAGCAGCAGGCGCUCGGCGCGACCGUCGCGGGGUUCUCGUCGGAGGCGUGGGGGCGCGUCGAGCCGGGGGAGCAGCGCAUGGUCAAGGAGCGGGUGGUGGAGCAGGGGAAUUGGUACAAGUUUACGCAGAAUCGCGCGUUGCGGGAGGUAUUAUUGGGCACUGGGGAGAGGGAGCUGGCGGAGGCGGGGAGUAAGGAUCGCACGUGGGGGAUUGGGUAUACGGCGAAGAAUGCGGAGAAUUAUAGGGCGUAUUGGGGGGCUAAUCUUUUGGGGGGGUGUUUGAUGAGGGUUAGGGGGAGGAUUAGGGAG